UAAGAUGCGUUCGAUUAGCUUACACGUCUACUCAGUGGAGCGAACGGUUCGUUUAGCCAUCACGUGAUCCUCGUGCCUGCCCUGGAGUCAGCCACUACUACCCCGGCUGGCGAUCGCCGGAAUCUUGUCGUUGUUCCUGUACGCCCAAUAAAAGAUAUACAGAAGCAACCGUUAGAAGAUCCUAUCGUAGUGAUAUGGAGUUGCGCUUCUUGUCUGCACCACACCCUUUCAAUAAAUAUAUCUUGUGUAGCACGUCCUGGCCACCGUAGAUUUCAAAGGCUGCCAGCCACGUAGAUCAAUAUUCACCCACUGAUUUCUAUUGUAUACAUGUAAUAGGUAUCAGUGGAUUAACCCCGCCACGCGAAAAUAUACCCUAAAUUUCCAUGGUUACGUAGUCGAGUCGAUGAAGGUUGUUCAACUUCCGGGUUAUCCUUGCUGCGUCAAGGUACUAGGUACACGUAGUGCACGUGUUGCCUACUUCGAGAACGAAGCACUCACUUGAAAUACAUAUGUACACAUGUAUGUACAUGUACAGUAAUUUACAUUGUACAUACAACUCACUAGGCUAGCCGGGGAGGUUGGUAAGUCCAAUGUGGGUCCCGGGGAUGGGAGCGGCUUCACGGAUACAUAAACGGGGAUACGAAGCGGGCCUUGUGAAGCAUGACUCCGCGGCUACAAGGUGAGCAAGGUGUUGCUUGACUGUUGAAACUACUAAAAGUAGGUAGCAUGUAGCUCAACUGAGCCAAUCGUUGAGAAGAGAAGUCACAAAGUGAGAGCCUCGGUGAUUCUGCAUAAUGGGACUGAAAAAUUCCAUUGCCAGGAACCUUCGAAACCCUUCUACAGGCUUUGUUGCUCGCAUGGUUAUAAAGAAGGUUUUUAAACAGCAGAAUGCGUACAUGGAGCGGAAUGCUGUGCGACUUUGCCGUCUUGAGCCACAUCAUCACGUUCUGGAGGUGGGCUUUGGACCAGGAGUUGGCCUAAAGGCAGCUGCUGAAGCUAUUGUCGAUGGUAAGGUCUACGGCAUCGACUACUCUGAGGAAAUGGUGAAGGAGGCUCAAGGCUACCUGGACUCUGAGAUUGCAAGCGGGAAAGUACAGGUUGACCUGGGCGAUGCUGCCAGCCUGCCAUAUCCGGACACCAGCAUGGACCGCAUUUUCCACUGCAACUGCUACUACUUUUGGCCAGACCAGGCCAAGGUCGCCAGAGAGCUGCAUUGCGUCCUGAAACCAGGGGGAUUCAUGGUGACUGUCUUGCCUCUGGAGCUUGUGAGAAGAUCUGCGGCACAAGGCUACCUCCCUGGGGCAAACUGGGAACCGGAGCCCUACAUGGAGGCCCUCCGAAGGGCUGAACUGUCCGACGUGACCAUGGAAGACAUGGUCUGUACUGAUGGUCAGACGGAGAAAACCUGUCAGGCAAUAUUUGCCUAUAAGAAAUAAGUUGGCCACACUUUCGGUUCCUGCACUCCCCCUCAUAAAAGCAUGUGGCUUGUGGCUGAAGGGUUUGUGAUUCACAAACAUGGGAUCAGGGGUUGGAAUCGAGCUGCUACAUGUAGUUGCAUUGUGACCUUAGGCAAGUCACGUAACUCCAACUUAACGCUCUCCACCCACGAGUAUUAAUGGGUACCUAUGAGGGCAGAGAAGGUUGUUGUGUUUGAUUAGCUGUUUGUGCCAGGAAUGGCAGCGUGAAUCUGUGUACUCCCUAGGGAGCUACAAUGGUUAUGGGAAUAUUUAUGGACCCAGUGAGCUAGGAUAAUUAAAAUGUAUAUGGCAUCUUAAUGGAAUCCCAGAUAAGUGCAUGUUGUUAUUAGUUGAGAAAACUGUUAUCAGCAUUAUAAAAAAUAACUUUACAAGCGUGGCACUUUCCUUGCCUUUCAUCGCGGAGUUUGUGGUCUGGGAUCAAAUCUCAUCCAGGUUGAGGUGGAUGGGGUCUUCAGUCCCUAUCUGACACCCUGUGGUUUUACCAAAAAACCCCUUGUGUUUCCCUCUGAACAACUACUUGACACUGUUUCCUCUUUACAGAGUUCUCCUGACUCACAAGAUACAAUGCCUAGAGUGCUUUUAAGGAAUCCUUGGUUUCACUGCCAAAAAUACAUGUGAGAAUAAUUACAGCCAAAAGAGAUUUAUGUAUUAUGCCUGAAGGUCUACACUGAAAGUGAAUAAAAUCUGUCUCUUAGAGUGCCAUAAAUAUAAGUGUAUUGAAUUUGCUGAAGUAUCAAUAAGAUUGUUGUUCCCUGCCCAUAGCAGUUGAGUGGGAAACUGAGGAAAUUUUCAACGUUUGACCUAUUUUCAUUUGUCAUGACAAAUCUGUGUCUAUACACAUGUACAUAUUUUUCAGUGACUACUAAGGAAUACUGUUAAAUGGCUGUUAAAUGACUGUGGAUAUGCUGUACGUAAUACAUGUACAACCAUUUACUGCAUCGAUAUGCUUCUGAGUUACGUAUGUAGCAGUAACAUUUCAUGCGUUUGUCAUGGUAGUAAAUUGGUGAUAACCAUGUUUCAUCCAUGAAAGCUUCACUACACAUUAAAUGGGUCGUCGAACAGACCUGUAGCCACAUCUGGGGUGUGUUUGCAUGGUUACUCCUGUUAACAUGAAUAGGAUGCCUGUGCAUUACACUGGGGUGCAGGAAUGUACUCCACCUCUAGCGAUAGUAUACUCUCGCUGACCCGCGGGUCGUACUCCAGCGUCCAAGUGCUCAGGGGUAUACUCGUGUUAACAUGAGUAGCUCGCUCCAACUCACCCCUGGUGUCAACAGAUGUGGAAUAAAUAUAAUACAGGGUAUGAGGUGGUGGGGGGGGACACUUCAACCACAAAGUUGCUCUGAACUACCGAACUUCCGAAGUUUUGAUGAUAGAGGGUGGAGCGGGUAUAAGACCCCCUCCCCUCCAUAUUUCGUCUCACCACCCUCCUCAUGGGAGCUCUGUGUCUGUCUGGAAGAGGCUACUUAUUUGUUUUCUGUCCCCAACUUACGCAUGAAAAUGCCAUUGGUCGCUGACUCCAUUGUCAUUUAAAUUAAUAAACAACAAAUCAUCAAAGACAAGGAAAUUUAAGACUGAUGUCCAUAUUUCUGGCCAAUGACAUGAAAUAGUAAUGCAGCUGUAUUGUUAAUUUCUUGAGUGGUAUUACACUUUUGCUCAAAUACAUGUAUAUAUGCAUUUUUAAAUUUGUAUUGUAUAGAAGGGUGCGAAAAUACUUUUAAAAUGGUAAGUUGAAUAUAAAGAUGUUUUUACAAGCAUGGAAGAAGCUCAUGAUGGAUUUUUUUUAUAAACCUUUCCAAUGUGUUGCAAAAGGCUGCUGUAGCAGACAUGAAUAAUGUAUUUUAUCCAUAAAAGAUAAAAUUAUUUAUACCCCGUGACAUUAAUUAAUUUUAUGCUGUGAGGGCAUGCGUUGAUUGUUACAUGUAUGUACUAGUGUAUCACUUCAGGAAUGUGUGCAUGCAUGCACAGUAGUCUGGUAUAGUGAUGGACAUUUUCUCUAGUGGUGUAUUAAGCUUCAGCUAAAAAUAGCCUGAAAUGGAAAUUUCCGGAACACGUGUGACACAGCCAUAUAAUGUCAUAUCGUGUGAUGCAGAUUAGAUGCAAGGGCAUUUACUGAAUUUUGUCCAAUCCUAGGAGAGUUUGAAGAGUCAACCAGUGAGAGGGAUUUUACUCAGUGUAUCCAGGCAUCAUGUGCAGGAAGUGGAGUUGGCACAUAACCUCACUUUGUCACAGCCUACUGAUAAAGCACUCACUAGUGUUCUGCUCUAAAGAUUUUCCUGCCACCACCCCACAACUCUACCCUCAGAGGUGUUUUGGGCAUAUGGUUGACAGGAGACACACAGCCAAUGCUCUGUCUUUUAACCAAACAUUGUUAAAUUGUGGUUUUUGCAAAGUUAAUUCAUUAUGUGUUUUUGGAAUUCAUAAUAAAUGAAUGCGUUGUGACUUGCAACAGUUGUAACAAGCAGGUAAAAUAGCACCGUGAGGUUUUCCUCGGG